ACAUUUAUGUGACGGAUAUGGAGCAGGGGAAAUUGUUUUCACUUUUUUUUUGCCUUUUGAUACUUAUUUGUCAUAUAUUUUGGUUUGUAUAACAAAUGUUAAAUAAAAGCCAGAUAAGUACACAAAAAAGAGACGAUUUGAGCAAAUGUUGUAUUGAAGUGGUGAAGCAUCACAUAUUUGGGGAAGAGGUGUUAAUUUUCUCUCCAGGAGUUCGGUUCUUUGUACAGCCAGCACUGGUUGGCUUUUAUUGCAUCUACAGUACAUGAGCAUUAGACAGCAUUGUGCUGCAGCCAUGCACAGCCAGCCAUGAUGCGCUAGGACUCUGUCAUCCUGAGUGCACCUGCUCUGUGUUCCCAUUGCCUUACAUUCAACACAGGAACAGUCGGUCUGAUGCCAGUGCAGUUGUAGCCCACAGAGAGGCCAUCUUUAGCUUCAAUCAUGUUUUGUAGCUCUGCUUAGUUUAUAAACAAUGCAAUCAUCACCAUGCACAAACUGUUAAUUAAUAUCGUCACAAGACAUAGGCUUUGAUGUCUUAGUUCUGAGAGCUCUGCGUGGUAAAACGGCCUUUUCGACGUGAUUUAUGUUUUCCCGUUCACUCUAAUGAAAAGCUAUGAUUGGUUAGAAAACCGGCUUGUCAUUGAGUGGUGCUUGGAAGCAGGUCGUAGGUGCGGAGGUUAAAUCCUACGUAAAACCAUUCGAUAUAAAUGCGUAUAAAAUUUUGAUGUUCAACCAAAUAGACGUUAAACUGCAUUUUUUUUUUUUUUUUUUUAAUGAUGUAAAUACAAUUAUUUAAUUACAUCACUUUUAUCGAAUCCGAUUGGUUGACAGGGCUGGGAUCGUAAUGACAGCGUGAUUAAGCAGCUUGAUUGACACGGAAAUAUUAUUUAAAAUGUAUAAAAACAGUGGGGAAAUGCCAUUGUACCCUGUUUUUAUGUUAUAUUUUUGUCAUUUGCAUGCGUCUGAGUUGACGCGUUGAAAUGCGAAAGGUAGAAAAACGCAUAAAAUGGCCUACUUCAAUGAGAAUUUGUAUGCAUGAUGAGCUAGGCUGAAUGGAGCAAAGUUUGAAUUGAGGUGCGUAAUCUCAAAUUACGAGAACUACAUCCAAGAUUUAUUGACCUGGGUUUUAUAAACUCCGUGAAUGACAGUACACAAUUUUAAAGAUUCGUGUUGAAGUAAUGGCCAGUGAUGGCGCUCAUAAUAUUGACAAAAUUACAAAUUAUAUACAAUAGCUAUCUCAAACAAUGCACAAAAAAGCGAUUGUGGGUAAUCUAAAGCUAAAAGGUAAGUUUUUAUGUAAAACUCGGACUGUUUUGGGCCUCAAGUAGAAUUCAAUUUCUAUUAUGAGUACAACAUAUUUUACCCUUAAAUAUACACCACCGCGGAAAACAUUAAUUUCCCACAUUUAUUUUCUAGCGAACUGGCAAGGAUUUGAGAGCCCCUUUUUCUUUUUUACACAUGUUUUGAAGGUAUAUGAAUGUUUAGAAGGUUGGGGUAAUUCUGUGCAUAAAUAAAGAAACUUUAAGGUGAUUGUACCAGAUGUUGUGGAGCAAAACUUGACAAUCAGACUCUGAUAGACAUUGGCUGGACUGCAGUCUUUUUGUUCGGGUUUUGGCAAGGGAUGCUGUCACAGUCCCCCACAUCAAGAAGUCUCUCACACAGAAAAAUAAUUGGCCCACAUCCUGCUGCGAUCUUCCAAUUCACUGGGGAGCGCGAUUUCUCCUCGAAAUAAAUGGAACUUUAUUUUUUUUAAAGCGCGUUGGUGAUAUCCACUAACAUUUGCAUCAGUUUCGUGAUUUUUUUUUCCAUAGGUAGGCUGUAAGUAACUUCAGGCUAUUAGCAUCAGCGGUAUGGUUAAUUUUUUGUUCGAUAUAUAUUUUUUACAGUUAUUGCUAAAUUAAAUAUCAAGAAAUUUGAGUUAGCCUAUUACAAAUUCCGGUUAGGUGAUAAUCAUAAUACGAGACAUGUAGCUAGUCGGCAAAUCGUGGAAAUUCUAUAUAGGCUGUGCAUAAGACAGGGCUCCCAUAUAAGCACUUGACAAUACCGUACGCAUCCUGGUUAGCAUGAAUUGGCACAAUAUCAGUUUUUGAAUAAAAAUAUUUCAAGUUUUAAGCACGAACAUUUCGUUUAGUUUUAUAUUUUAAAAUGUUUCCUUUAUCGCUGUAUCUCUUUAUUCUGGAAAUGCAUUUGCUAUUAGGUGACUACUUUCUGGUUCAUACCUCUAAGUAGCCUACUAACAUUAAAUAUUUAUUUCCCUGGGACCAGUAAACAUAUCUUCAUAGGUACUGAAUGAUUUCACGCUAUAUCACAAACAUUUUAAAGCAUGAAGUGCACUGACUGUCAUUUUCAAUGUUUUAAUAAUAAAUUCUCGUUUUACUGGCAAACAUACUUUGCUACUUCUACCACAUAAAUAGGUAAACAUCGUCUGUUUUCUUCUUAUAAAUCGGACCCUGAAAAAACGCAUUCCCCACAGAACAGAAAGAAAUAGAGUUAAUUAAAAAUAUUGUUAUAACCUCACGGCUAUAUUCACUUUUAUGACUAAAAAUUUACAACCCAAAGUGUCAUCGAUGGCCACGAAGAGACCAUGUAUUGCAUCUGGCAGAAUCUCUUGCUAUUUGCUAUAUACGUAGCGAUUAGGACCCAGAUGAUUAUCCUAAUUAAUGUCUGUCUAAUUAAAUUACUGUCACAAGCUAACCAAUAGCAAAAGUUGUUUCAUUAGAGUUGCUGGCAGAAAGAUCAAAAGCGGAUCGCUCCUGAUUGCAGCAUAGUGUCAAUUGGUUAAUUUGCCGUCUAACAAAAAAGUAGCUCAAACCAUAGGAAGGCGUUUUCUCUCUAGCUGGAUUCGUGGGGCGUUAAGUUAGGCGAGUGGAUAUUCACAAAGGUUGCGUGCAUCGCUGUUUGCAACUGAACUAUGCAGUUGGAACAUUGCAUCUCGCCAUCAAUCAUGCUCUCCAAGAAAUUUCUUAAUGUGGGCAGUGGCUAUCCCAACACAGACGGAUCUGAGCUCGCAUUGCAGGACCAUCCUAUUAUAGCCUUAAGUGACAACCUGGAUAGAAGUUCACCUCUGAAAAAAAUUUCCAGGGGGAUGACGAAUCAGUUAGAGGCAGACGAUUUUCCUGACUCCAAGGACGCACCAGGGGACGUCCAGAGAAGCAAAGUCUCUCCUGUUCUGGACGGAGUCUCUGAAAUUCGUCACAAUUUCGAUGGAUCUGCUGCAGAAAGGUACCUUCUGUCUCAGUCUAGCCAAGCCCAGCCAGUCUCUGCUUCGCCUACUGCCAUGUUUCCUUACCCAAGUCAACAUGGACCAACGCAUCCAGCUUUUUCUAUUGGGAGUCCGAACCGCUACAUGGCUCAUCACCCGGUGAUAACCAAUGGAGCGUACAACAGUCUCUUGACCAACACCUCUCCACAAGGUUACCCAACCGCGGGUUAUCCUUACGCACAACAGUAUGGACACACUUACCAAGGGGGCGCUUUCUAUCAGUUCUCCUCGGCGCAAGCCGGCCUCGUGCCUGGGAAAGCUCAAGUCUAUCUCUGCAACAGGGCUCUGUGGCUAAAGUUUCACAGACAUCAAACAGAAAUGAUAAUCACCAAACAAGGGAGACGGAUGUUCCCAUUUUUAAGUUUUAACAUUUCUGGUCUUGAUCCGACGGCACAUUACAAUAUUUUUGUGGACGUAAUUCUGGCUGACCCCAAUCACUGGAGAUUUCAGGGAGGAAAAUGGGUUCCAUGUGGCAAAGCGGACACAAAUGUGACAGGGAAUCGGGUAUACAUGCAUCCAGAUUCUCCGAACACCGGAGCGCACUGGAUGCGCCAAGAAAUAUCCUUUGGAAAACUUAAGCUAACAAAUAACAAAGGAGCGUCGAACAAUACUGGGCAGAUGGUGGUGUUACAGUCACUGCACAAAUACCAACCCAGGCUGCACGUAGUGGAAGUGAACGAGGAUGGAACCGAGGAUUCCAGUCAACCCGGUCGAAUUCAAACGUUCACUUUCCCAGAAACACAAUUCAUAGCAGUCACUGCUUAUCAAAAUACCGAUAUUACGCAGCUGAAAAUUGACCACAAUCCGUUUGCAAAGGGGUUUCGGGACAACUACGACACCAUCUACACAGGCUGCGACAUUGACCGGUUGACACCGUCGCCUGGUGACUCGCCUCGCUCUCAGAUCGUGCCUGGUGCGAGAUAUGCCAUGGCUGGUUCUUUCCUGCAGGACCAAUUUGUCAGCACUUAUGCCAAAUCCCGCUUCCACCCUGGCGCCGGGACCGGUCCUGGCACGGACCGCAGCGUCCCACUUAGCAACAGCUUGCUAUCCCCGCAACAAGCCGAAGAGACCGCAGCAGCCUCCCCGCAGCGAUGGUUUGUCACCCCUGCCAACAAUCGACUGGACUUUGCCGCCUCGGCAUACGAUGCCGCUGCCGCGGCUGAUUUUGCCGGUAACGCGGCCACCCUGCUGUCUUACGCAGCUGCUGGAGUCAAGGCGCUUCCACUGCCCACUGCGGGGUGUUCAGGUAGACCUCUGGGUUAUUACGCCGACCCCUCGGGCUGGGGCACGCGCACUCCACCCCAGUAUUGUAGUAAAUCCAGCUCAGUUCUGUCCUGUUGGCCAACAAAUUCCGCUGGGAGCAGGACUGGAACCUCAAAUUACCUGGUGGAUGAGGGGGACACGAUGACAACGGAAAGGUCUCCACUCAGUGCGUCCGAGGAUGCCAAACCUAAAGACCUGUCGGAGUCCAGCUGGAUAGAGACGCCUUCCUCCAUUAAAUCGAUCGAUUCAAGUGAUUCUGGAAUUUUUGAGCAGGCGAAACGGAGGCGAAUAUCCCCUUCUGCCACGCCGGUUUCUGAAACUGCGUCUCCGUUGAAAAGCGAAAUGUUAACACCGCGGGAAUGUGAGAAGAAUUGCCCCAAAGACAUUGGCUACUACAGUUUCUACCCACACAGUUAGAAAAUGACUCCAUGCGCAAAACGGUGGCCGCUGUCAAGGUUUUUUUUUUUAAAAAAAGGGAAAUUUACAAAAUGUUAAAUAUUGUAAAGCGUAGUAGCAUGGUUACAUUGUAUAUUUAUUUUUAUUUCUCAUUUAUAUAUUCGUUCGUUUGUUUGCCUAUUUGCUUACUUUUGAAUUGGUCCAGAGCUUUUCGAACGAGAUGUUUAAUCAAUUUAUUAUUAUUAUUAUUAUUAUUAUUAUUAUUAUUAUUAUUAUUAUUAUUAUUAUUAUUAUUAACUGAAAGAGAUUGCCCGAUAGGCUACCUGUUUUUUCUUCUCAUUGCGAAGGCCAAAUUCAAAUAUAAUUUCCUCGAAACCAUAAAAAUACAUUAAUUUCCCACAAAUGUUUUUCAUUUUUAGAUUGUCAUUGUAAUUAUGAAAAACAAUGCACAGGCAUCUUUAGCUUGUAGUGAUAUUGUGUCAGAUGUAGAGGUAUGUAAAAGUCAUUGAUUGGCAUUUUGAUAUUUCUAAAUCUAUAUUUAAAAAAAAAAAAAACUUUUAUCGCUUUUCUGCAGAUGUAUAGUCACCAGAGUGAUGUGUACUGUUUUCUUGUUUAAAUAAAUGUAAGGAUAUGAGGACAUGAGGACUAAGGAAACGGUUUAGUAAAUCACAAUUUAGAUCGAAGCGUUAGUUAAAAGUCAACGACCUCAUUUGAAUGUGUAGCCUCAUUUUAUAUGUUUGUUUAGAUUUUAGCGGCGUUCAAAUGGCUUGGCAUGUAGAAUAUUACUUGUUCUCAGUUGUACAUUAUUUUAUAAAUACCUUGAAAAUAUCUCCGUAUUUGACCAUUUCAUCUGUCGUGUGAAAAGAACAAAUAUUGUUUUUCCGGCUUUACGGCGUUUUUCGACUUUAGGCUAGUCUGUGUUUCAAAGUGAAUGUUGUGGUUAACAAUGUAUAUGUUGUCAUAGUGCAAACACGAAAUUAAAAAUUCAGAAAAUGUAUUGUCUGUUCAUGGACAUUUGACGAAAAAUACAAUAUAGAAUCUGAUCAUGUUUAUGUUUGAACCACAGUUCUUGAAAUACAUGUGAUCAAUAGCAUACUGUGUUUUUAAAAGGAAAUCAGUCAGUUAAUAAUAAAACAAUUUGAAAUCACGUUA